AAACCUAUGAAAUGCUUAUCUGUACCUCGUUCUUUUCCAUUCUUUUGCAAUUGUUUUGACCAACACAAUUACGUGUCUUCCGCCUUGCAGAGCAAGGUUAAGGGAAGGGCAGACGUCGAGAGGUUCACGCUGAGUUGUAGAAGUUACUAGUCAAUUUCAGAUAAAUAAAAUGACUUCAAGAUUUUCUGUGGUGAAAGUUGGCCCUCCAAUUGAAGUGUUUGCAGUGAACAAAGCGUAUUUAGACGACACUUCCGAUUUAAAAGUGAAUUUAAGUGUCGGAGCUUACAGAACUGAUGAAGGGAAGCCGUGGGUUCUGCCUGUUGUACGGAAGACUGAGAAGCAACUGGCUGAUGAUGAGACACUGAAUCAUGAAUACCUGCCUGUUCUUGGUUUGGAUGCUUGCAGCUCUGCAGCCACUAAAAUGUUACUGGGUGCGGAUUCAAGCGCAUUCGCACAAGGAAGGGCAUUUGGUGUUCAGACUCUGAGUGGUACAGGUGCCUUAAGGGUUGGUGCUGAAUUUCUGCUUCGACAGCUCAAGUACACAACCUUCUAUUACUCAUCACCAACAUGGGGUAAUUACAUUGCUGAGCAGAAUUUAGAACCAGAAGGAGAAUUAGAACUGUUUCAACAGAAUCAUCACUUGCUCUUCACCAAUGCUGGCUUCACGGAACCACGUCAGUAUCGCUAUUGGAAUGCAGAGACUCGUUCACUGGACCUAGAUGGCUUUUUAGAAGAUUUGCGUGCAGCGCCUAAAGACUCUGUCAUCAUUCUUCAUGCGUGUGCCCACAAUCCAACAGGCUGUGAUCCAACUCAUGAACAAUGGACCCAGAUAGCUGAUGUCAUAGAAGAAAGACAGCUGUUCCCAUUUUUUGAUUCAGCAUAUCAAGGUUUUGCUUCUGGGGAUCUUGAGAAAGAUGCCUGGGCAGUACGUUACUUCGCCGACAGAGGCUUUGAAUUGCUUUGUGCUCAGUCUUUUGCCAAGAAUUUUGGACUCUAUAAUGAACGUGUUGGUAAUUUGACAAUGGUUGUGAAGGAUGUUGGUGAUCUAUUAGCAGUCAAGUCUCAGCUCACUCUAAUUGUAAGAGGAAUGUAUUCAAAUCCCCCAAAUCAUGGCGGAAGAAUUGUGGCCACUGUUCUGAAUAACCCUCAGUUGUUAGAAGAAUGGAAAGAGUGUGUUCGCACUAUGGCGAACCGAGUUCUUGACAUGAGACGAGGUCUAAAGGAACGUCUGGAACGCUUGGGUACCCCUGGUACAUGGGAUCACAUUGUAACUCAAAUAGGAAUGUUCUCUUAUACUGGACUUUCACCUCGACAAGUGGAACAUUUGACACAGAAAUACCACAUCUACCUGCUGAAGAGUGGUCGUAUCAAUAUGUGUGGUCUGACCACCAAAAACAUCGAUUACGUAGCCAAAGCUAUUCAUGAAACUGUUGUUGAGAUCUCUGAAAAUACCAUCAACAAACUAUAAGCUUGGAAAAUACUGUAAAGCCAUGUUACCUCAAUCUUGUACAUGCUGUGACAGAAAAUUAUCAGGUUGACUAGACAGAUUUAUUGUAACACAGCGCUGUGUGCUCACAAUAGCCGCAUUUAGAACGUACUAACAUGUACAAGUAUUCUUUUUCUUGGGUUUUUGCUUGUGUAAUUUCAUCUUUCAGGGUUUAACUAUGUCAUAUGUUAAAUUUAAGCCAAUGUUUUGUUAUAUAUUGCAGUCCCCAUUUUCAGAGAGAAUAUGGCCUAGUAAUAGGUCUCAGAAGUGAGGGUAUGUGUGGGAAACAUCUGCUAUCCAAUACGAAGGUGCCAAGGCCAUAUCUAAAGAUCUUGCACUGGGACUGGUGGUGGACAUGUGGAACUUGGAAAGAGUGUGGUUCUAGCAAAUGUCCACACUCACUAUCAUUAUGCUGUCAUUUAAAUAGUGAAUUACUCCCUGACAACUUCAGCUGUCAGGCCAAAUGUAAACUGAGUAAGUUCUGGUUUCAUCUCUUUCCUUCCAUAUUUUCUUCUAAACCAUAGGGUCCCCUGCCACUGGAUAGUGUUAUGCUUACUUCCAUUGUGAGACUUAAAUGUCAGGCCACAUUUCUCUUCCACCUUUUACAGCACUUGUCAGAAGGUGGUUACCUUAAUAACCGCAUUGCAGCAUGUCACAGUGGCACUACAGACAAAAAAGACAGAGGAUGAUCUUUCAACCAUUAUAAUGAAAACCAUCUGCAGUAUUGCAGUGACGUAGUAAGGGCCUGCCCAUAAUGUACAUGCAGCACCCCUCACACUGCACUUCACAUCAGACCCGUCAUUCCCUCAGAGAGAAGACAACGUGUAUGAAGAACACAUGUGUCUUCGUGUACAUCACAGUCUGGUCAAGAACGCAGGUAGGGUUCAGUACCGUGAUUGUGUGAGUCAUUCGAGGGAGCCGACCAUAAUGCAGACAUGGAUAUUCCACCUCAUUCGCUCUGAACAUGUGACUGCAGUAUAUGCCAGAAUGUUGUGGCAACUUCCACUUACAGUGCAGCUGUACCCCAAAAGCUGAAAUUAUGCUUACAGAUAUGUAUGAGAUUUUGAAUCUGUGUGUACAUAGAAGAUAAAUGUCAUGUGUUAUUGAUUGUGAUGGGUUCAGGAAGGGAAUUCUCUAAAAGGUUUGUGACAGUAGUUGGUUCAUUAUGCCAUAUUUACAUUGAACAUUGUCCAUUGUUCAUAGUUUUCAUAUUCAAUGUUGAACAUAACAGUGUAGUAAAAAGCUGUCAGUAUAAUGACAGAACUUGUGCCAAAUGAGUCUGUUGCAGUGCAGAAUGCAGAAAUUCAACAGGCCACACUGCUUAAUGUCUUCCACUCUUUCAUUAACAUAGUUACUGCCUAGUCAGUCUGCUCUGUAAUGCUUUUAACACUGCCUAGGAGUCCUUACGCCACGCUGAUGUGGCACCACUGGUCUGAUGGAAUUCACUAUACACAGUGUACUGUUGCCAGCUUGAGAGAAACUCUGAGGAACUUGGAUUCUGCAUGUGAUACAUUUCAUUGAUGCUACCAGUUUCAGUACUAAGACAGACAAACUGUGGCAGAUGUUUUGCCUGUGUCAUUGCCUGUUUCACGUCCCUGCCUCUGCUCUGCAUCUUUGCAAUGCAACUCUCUUCUGUAGAUUA